AUGUCGACUGACCAUUUCGUGCCCGUGAAUACCGUUUUCAUAACAAUAUUGAGGGCUUCGUUUUGCUAUACAUGCUAUACUCGCGUGCUGCGUUCGGUAUUCCACGAUUUACAGACUCUCACCGGAGCUCCGUCGAAAAGCUACAAUGAACACGAUGUUGGCAACGAUGACUCCGAUGCCGAACUGGAACUCGACACCCUUCCGGCACCGAAUACCGCAAGGGAUGGGCCCUUGUUGUCCACUUCCCGUACCACAUCGCAUUCUAAUAUAGCACGCCUGUGCUUUUCGCUGUGUUUCUCGGAGAGUUGCACAUUGUUCUUGCUCUUUAUGUCUCAGGAAUUGAAUCUGCUCGACUCAAGGAGUCGAAUGUUUAACUGGCGAAUAUCAUUAUUUUUGGAGUCGGCCAUGAUUCUUCUUGUAAUUCCUUUGUCCCAGAACUUUCUUCUAACAUACCAGUCUCCAAUCGGUCAUUUGUCCCGGCGCCGGUCAAUACCAGCCCGCAUUCUAAUGGCACUCAUACCAUACUCCCUCUUCCUCUUCACUCUCUCAAUGAUCCCACUUCCAGAGAGUCUUGCUGUAGGGCAUCCAGGUAUCAUCUCGGCGGCAUUGCCUCGAUUGAUUGUUCUCGGAACGUUCAUUAUUGGUAUGCUUUCUGGGCUCGGAGCUGCCCGAGCAGUUUGGGACUUUAUGCCAGUUUUUUCGCAAACGAGGCAGAAAGUGCCGACUGAACAGCAAAUUCAAACUGCAGAAGAAUCGCUUGAAAGAAUACGAAAUGAUAUACAGGUGCGACGGAGAGAAGAAAGAAGGCUGCAAGGAGUAAAGACAACGGAAAACUCUUCGUGGAUGUCGAGAGUGGCUUCUAAACUGACCUCUAUCCAACGAGAGAUCACUGGUUUAUUAGCGCUUGAAUAUCAGAUGGAUCGCAAUCUAGAAAACAUACGACGACUACAAACGAAUGCUCGGUAUAAUAAGACAUUACAAGGGAGAGUGUUCCUUUGGGCAGGGAGGCUAUUCGCACUGUAUUGUGUAUUCCGGACACUUAGUUGCGUUCUUAACAUACUCGCGCCUCUUCGCUCUGAAUCAGCAGCCACCACGACUGGUGAAGAUGCCAAAUCGUCUUAUCCAGACCUAAUCACUCACUUCCUGACGUACCUCGUGUCGUUACUGCCCUUCGUACAUCUCAGCCUAGAGCAGAUCUCAGCGAUCUCUCGACAAGUCAGCCUGGCGCUCGUCGGUGUGAUCAUCUUAAGUAGCGUUCGUUCUGUGUUGAGGGCCGUUUCACGGGUAUUGAAGAUUACUAGCCAGAAUCUAGGAGCUUCACUACUUCUUCUCAUAUUGGCUCAACUGAUGGGCACGUAUCUGAUCUCUACGUUGGUGCAAUUACGCACAGCAUUUCCUCCGAAAAUUGCGGAUAUGGACUCAAAUGUAUUCUCAACAUUGCCUGCCUACGAAGUAUUCGGUGCGGCAUUCGACUAUUCGUACCUUCUAUCUGCACUGGCAACUGGUGUAUACUUGUGGAUUGACGAGCGAAUAAACGGUACCGGAAAACUUGGUAAUUGUGACUCGUAA